GAGGACACAGACAGGUGGCCCCCGGCCCUCAGGGGCCCCGGCCUGUCCCAGAAGCCAUGGAGAACUGGGACCCCGGCCCCCACGGGAAGCCCCCCCUCCCCCAGAAGAAGCGGAGUUGGUAUCUGGCCUGGAAGUACAAGCUGAGCAGUCACAGGGCCGUGCGGAGGAUGUGCCAGACUGGAGCCGUCCUCUUCCUCCUCGUCACCGUCAUCGUCAACAUCAAGCUGAUCCUGGACACUCGAAGAGCCGUGAACGAGGAGGAGAUGGGCCAGGACUACGAUGAGAACGUCCAGAACGUGGAAUUUCCUCGCCGAGCGGCCGGAGGGAAGAGAGUUCUGGACGUGGAAGUUUAUUCCAGCCGCUCCAAGGUGUACAUGGCGGUGGACGGGACCGCGGUUCUGGAGGACGAGGCGCGGGAACAGGGGAGAGGGAUCCAUGUCAUGGUACUGAACCAGGCCUCGGGUCAUGUGAUGGCGAGGCGAGUGUUUGACACGUAUUCCCCCCAUGAAGAUGAAGCGAUGGUUCUGUUCCUGAACAUGGUGGCCCGGGGGCGGAUCCUCAUCUUCACCAUCAAGGACGAGGGAUCUUUUCAUCUUAAAGACACGGCGAGGAACCUGCUGAAGAGUUUGGGGAGUCAGGUGGCGGCAACGUUGGGCUGGAGGGACAUGUGGACGUUCGUGGUGAAGAAAGGAGGACAAAUCUACGGAGAGAAAUACUCCAAGUCGCCGGCAUUGUCCACCUGGGGGGAUCCCGUGCUGCUGAAGACCGACAUUCAACUCGUUCCUCCGGAGGAUGCGGAAUGUAAUUGGCCGGACACGGAACUGAACAGGAGGAGGAAGCGGUUCUGCAGCAAGGUGGAGGGGUACGGCAGUGUGUGCAGCUGUAAGGACCCCACGCCUAUCGAAUUCAACCCCAUUCCUCUAAAAGCCAACAAGGUGUGGAACGUUCCAGUGGCGGUGAUUGCGGGGAACAGACCGAAUUACCUGUACAGGUGAGCUGUAUG